GACUUCACUCAGGUUUUUGUGACAUACUGGAUAAUUUCACCUCCUAUAGCCCCAUGAUUUUAUUAAAACCAUCCCAGAGUGAUCAUCAGUCUUUGGUGGAACGUUGACAAUGUAUGAACAAGUGAGCAGCACAGAAUAACAACAUUCAGAUACUUGCAAACUGGACAAUAAGACACUGUGGCUGAUUAAAUCUCCGUCUUUGCUCUCCAGCAGGAGGAGCUGUAGGUGGUAGAAUAUGAGAAAACUGCCUGUUAACUCCUGAAACUGUUGCUUUAAAUGUCAUUUUAAGAAAAGAAAAAGGACAAUAUGUCAAUCCUUUGCGCAUUUGCUUACCAGUAUUGUUUCUGCAUAACAUGUACUGGUGAUAUCCUUAGAUUUUAGCCGCUGGAAUCUUCCAAAAAAUAGCAAAAGCAUCUGACACAAUUUGGUCCGUCCUAGCAGGGCUUUAUGUAUGCAGUCCUUGUCUGAGACCUUGGCAGUGCUGACAGCUGAACAACAAAAUAACGCUCACGAAAAAAUUCACAACAGGACAUGUCACAUAAUGGAGUUGUCCUGCAGCAGUAAGUAAACUACUCAACCAGGAGCAGAUCCUAAAACAUGUAAAAAUCAGGACUGAAGGAUUGACACGAUUAGAAAGAACCCAAAAGCAUGUUGCAGCUCUGUAGAGAUCACAUUGUCCCCUUAGUGUGGCGUAUUUCUUGUAAAUGACACAAAUAUUUAUUUUUUUGGGUGCUCCUAAAAGAAGAAAUCAUAGUCACUGUUGAAUUGUAAGCCUUUUUUUUAAUGAGAGAGGAGAGAAAAGCAGUUAUUAUCCCAAAAUGAACAGUGUACUGCGUUUGCUAACAGGAAUGAAUAGUUUCGAGAAAUUUUGGACUGUUUUUUUAAGCUAAAAGCUCACUAGACUGUUUUUGUGUAACACAGGGAGAUGGAACGGAUGAGAGCAUUCACAGAUCCACCUCAGGCAGUCUGAAUCCUUAAUUCCAGUCAAUACAGUGCAGAAAAAACUCACAUCCACGGCUGCUGGGCUCCAUAACAUGUUCAGGUAAGAUUCUAUAAAUGUGGAAUAGGUCAAAAUGUGUUUUCGAGUUUUCAGUUCUUCAAAAUAGCCACCCUUUGCUUUGAUUACUGCUGUGCACACUCUUGGCCUUCUCUCACUUUUGAGAAAAUUGAGGUUUGAGCCUGAUUUGAUCGUUUUUAUGUUAUUUGUUUGUUGGUUUAGACUUAUUCUCAAGAUUGUUUUGGACUAGUCCUGCUUAUAACUUAACUUGGUUUUAUCUUAGUCUGAGGUCUGCACUGCCUAUUGAGCUGAACUCUGUAAAACAUACUGAUUUUACUGAAUUUGUUAGAUUAUCAUUAACGUCUAGGCCAUGUUCUAGACACAUGGUUUAAGCAGAUUUCGUUGUUCUUUGUCUCAUAAAAACGAGAAUUUUCUGUGAAGGAUCUCUCAGGUCCUGUCACCACAGCAACGGCUCCUUAAACCUUCCAGAGAGAGAAUAAAGUCAGAGUGAUGUGAAGCAUAUCUGGUCCCUUUCAGGCUCAGUCAUCCAUUAGCUCGGCUCCACAUACAUUAGACUAGCUCUUCUCCUCAAAGACGUGCCACUGAGUCAACAUUUUUGGCUUGACUUGAAAGAAAUUUCUGUGAAAGAGUCAUCUGUGCUCUAAGUGUACAUAUAUCCUGUUGUCUUUUAGUUAUGUUGACAUCGAUUUAAUGAGCAACUCAGUUACUAAUGAAGACAAUUUUACUGAACCUGUAAAAACAGCAUCUACAGUGAUAAAGAUGGAUCGGAUUAUUAUUGACAUUUUUUUUUAAGAACACUACAAUAAACUGUUAAAACUACUUUAGUUGAAUCUGUUUAACAUCAGCAUGUAGUGAUAUCGCAUUGUUAUAUCAUUGCCCUACAGUUGCACAAAUCGCGUCAAGUCCUGUCUGUAUUCUUAGACUUUCUUUUUAUAGCAACUCCAACUGUCACACACACGCUGUGGCAGCCUCUGUCACACAGACACACACUUUUUGGUUGAUAAUAUUAUCUAAAAGGCCUGGAGUGUGUGUGUGUGUGUGUGUGUGUGUGUGUGUGCGUCGUAGAAUAGGUCAUACAUAGCAGCCCAAGAAAUGUGACCUAUCAGUGGCAGUGCAGCUGUCGAGGUUCAGACUGAGGAGAUGGGGGGUGAAGCAGAGAAGGAGACAGAGAACAUGAGCUGAUUUAAGUACUUGGAGGCCUAAAAAGGUCAAAAGUGUAAUUUUUAAGAAGCACUCAGGGGUUGUUAGUGAAAACACACUAGUCCAGAAGGCCUGAGUGGUUUGACAUUUAGGAGAAAGGAUCUGUGCGUGCGCCUCGCCAGUCUUCAGCGGGGGUUGGAGCUGUUGAAAGGGACCAUGGCGGUGGCUGCUAAUGCUACAUGAUCUCAGCUGGACUUACACCUACAGCCGAGCUCGCUAAAGGACACGCACAGACACUGGCUUUAGCAAAUGAUUUGAGAUGAAAUAUUUUGCUCCAUGGAUCUUGUUACCUUAACUUGGACUUUGCGGGGAUGUCCAAAGGGAUUCCUUUCGGCUUUAGUGGCAAAAGUGAGGUAAGUUGCGUUUCUUUCUAUUAUCAGGUAAGGUUCAUUUAAGGCAACUCCUUGGAUCGGCAUUUUAGUAGAAAAUCAUGAAUUAGCACAUGAAACAAAUGCAUGCAUUAUUUGAUGAGUAGUUAGGGCAUUUUCAUAAUUUGGAAUAAUUAUUACAUUCAGGAAGUUGCUGUUCUAACAAACAAAAUGGGUCACUUCUUAGUGCAUUCCUGACUCGGUUUGUCUAUCUUCAAGACAAAGACACACCAGUUGUACUUUUUUUUUUUUUUUUUUUGCUCUAAGGAUGUACUUUCAAUUAAAGAAAGGCUUUCAAAAGUAAAUGUGUGUCAAAGAAGGAAGAGAAAUCAUGACCUUUAGAGUCCAUUUUAUGAAUCUUUUAGUUUUAUAACUUCUAACAUCACAUCCUGAGCUUUUGUUUCCAAUGUAAGACAACACCCCAGUAGUGUCUAGAACGGGUUGAGGCACCAGGACACAUUAUCUUUCUGCCGAUCAUACCUCGACUUUCUUCUCUCUGUAUGAUUCAUCACUUUUGAACCAAAACUGGCAGGAUGUAUCCAAUGUGUGUUGCCCUAAAGGGUCGUUUCCCUACCGACAUGUACCUACAAUAAGUCUACGGUAUAACACAGGUCACCUCUUGCUUUGUCAAAGAGUACUGCAGCUAUUGGAAAACUACAUAAAUACAUUUAGGAGAGACAGACAAGUUUAGAUUUUUGAUUUUUGUUGAGUAAUAUUGAUUUUAGCACCCUAGAACUGCAUAAUUCAGUAUAUUAGUGUGUUAAGUUUGACUGCUUAGCCUUUAAAAAUAUGUAAUCUCUAGUUUCUCGGCAAUAUAGCAAGGUGAUUACAGCAAAAGAUUUACUGAAGCUGAACCUAGCUGGUUCAUAAGAUUUCUGUUAUAUAAACUGUUAUUAAUGGGUUCUUUUGCCAUCGUUCUGAUUGAUGUCCUCUGGUCAUUUUAGUCCCCGGUGCAACAGCCCGGGUCCAACAUCCUCUGUAGUCCCUGUGAGCCUCAAGAUCUCUGAACCAAUGGAGUCUUUCAGAAGAGGCAUCCGGUAAAUGCAGCACACCUUAAUACCCCAGUCAGUUACCAGAUAAAAAGUGCAGUUUAAGAAGUUUAGAAGAAAUCAAGAUGGCAGAAGGCUCCAGGUCGACUCCCCGUCUCAACAUCCCACUCAAGAGGGCCAAAAUCCCCAGUGACCAGAGUGUUUCAGACAACGUGGAUAAAACGCAAGAACCCACAGCGCCAGUUUUCAUCCGCAAACUCCGGAAAGCAGCUGUAGGAACAGGAUGUGAUAUCCGACUGAGGGUAUCGGUGUCCGGAUGUCCAAAACCUUCCCUGACCUGGUACCACAACGACGAGCUCCUUCCUCCAUCACAGGCCCAGGACUCAGGGGGGCUGUGGAUACGGGACUGUCGAACCAGCGAUGCUGGCUUGUAUACCUGUGUGGCGACCAAUGAGCUGGGAGAGGCAGACUGCAGCGCUGUCCUGGCAGUUAUGGACCUUGGUGAAGCGAAGUUUUCCGCUCCUGCCGAAAGCAAAGCUAUGACUCUGAGACCACAGAGGAUGAGACCACAGAACCUCAGAUGGAAACCAAAGAGGGGCCCGGGAGGCACCAAGACAAGGCUGGUCGGAGAGGACCUUCAGGUGAGGGAGGCAGGAUGAUGGAUUAUAACCCGGAUGCUUCGGAUCGCAGGGCCACUCUGCCUGGUUCCUAUGACCCUGUUGUGGAGCGGGAGCUCCGUGCUUUGGGCUCUCGCCCGCCAGGGUCCCAUCUGGACCCCUCAAACCCAGCCAGGCAAGCCCUCGGCGGGGUUCCUCCCGAGGGGGCCCCUCCAGUCCGUCACCUGGGUGUGGAGCCGCUGAUCCGGGCAUCUCACGCUAACCUGGCCCGGCCUGUUCAGGGCUCAGAGGAAAGUGUUUCUGUAGGCAGCGACUACUAUGGGAGCAUGUUCAGCCUCUACAGAGGGAGAACAUUUUCUAUGCCCUUAUAGCACAUGGCUUCCUUUUCCCAGGAUUCCACAAAAACACAGACUGGCCACAAACCCAAAAUUACAAAGAAAAGUGACACAUAUGGCAAAAGACAUUCAAUCCCUCAUAGACCCACUCGCAAAAAUUGUAUUCCAUUUGUUACAAAGCUCUUCAUUUUUUACUCCUCUUUCAUAUAUUCAAGGUGUUACUUCCUCUUGGUAUUAUUUUGAUGGCACACUUUCCUUUGACUCUGUCUUCUUGCUGUGAGUGUGGUUUGUUUUCAAUCUAACAAUGAUUGCAAGUCAACAAAAUAUCAUUAAUAUUGUUAAUAUUUCUUAUAGCCAUUAGAGAGGAUUCAGUGGUACAAUCUGCUAAUAUAUAUUAUUCAGCACUUCUGAAAACUGUGAUUACUCUUUUUACCCACUGCAUGUUUUCUACAACAACCCCUGACUUUUGGAUUAACACCGUAUCUUUAUAGGUUUGCAGUGGCAUGCAUGGGUUGCUUUGAUCCGAGCUGAUAUUAGCAUGAAUGUUCUCACAAGUUAAUGAUCAUGUUAUUCACAGGUUCUUUUUAGGCAUGAAGUUUUUGUAUUUGAAGUCAAAGCGGAGGAACUUUUUCUGGUAUUUUGUAACCGUUCAGUGCAAUUUUGUUGCUGCGACAUACUUUUCAAUUAUCACUGUCGUACACUUUCUUUUACUUUUCCACAGUUAGAUUAAAUUCUUAAGAAAUGCUA